AUGAGUUUUCUCGAUUCUGUCCUCACGUCCAUUGAGACGGGCAAGCCGUCGCCGAUUCCCACCACCUCCCCCGCUCCUUCUCCCACUAUCCCGUCAUCGACUACCAAACUAGAGGCUCGCAAGCCAACCUCAGCGGCCCGUCCUGUCACUCCCGUCGCUGCUGAACGAAAGAAUGGAGUUGUCCCCGCAGGAACGAAGAGGAAAGCAGAGGAGCCCCUGGCUAGGGUGCAGAAGCCUGCCCCAUCUCAAGGCCCUACCAAGCCAGCACCGGUGAAGCGGGUUAAUAGUAACACACCAACAGCCAGCAGCGCACGCCCCAUCGCGCCUCUCAAAUCCAUAAAACCCCCAACGAGCAGCACCGCACCUGCACCCCAGAAGUCUACGCCGGUAUCAUCGAAGCCGCCACCGAAAGGCUCAUUUGCGGAAAUCAUGGCCAAGGCAAAAGCUUUGCAGCAGACAGCCCCUACGCAGGUGGGAAUGUUCAAACACCAAUCGGUUCCCAAGGAGAAAUUAAGCAAGAUAGAACGCAAGAAACGUAUGAUGGAGGCACAGGCAAAAGAGAAGGAUCCGAAGCAGGCGAAGAAACCAGGUGCUGUUCCCAGCGCAGCUGCAACCGGCAAGCUAGGAAAUACCAAGGUCGCUCCCAAACGAGAACGCGAAGAACCUACAUACAAGGGCACAGCAAGACCCCCACCUCCUCAACCAGAGUACCGUGGCACAGCCGGCCUACCCAGCCGUAAUGGCGACCGAAGGGGACACCACAGAUCCAACAAACGGUCAAGAAUGGAUGAGUAUCUUGGAACAGAUGAAGAAGACGAGGGUGAAUACGCAAAUGAAUACGACGACUAUUACUCAGAGUCGUCGGAUAUGGAGGCCGGCUUCGGUGAUGUGGAUGAAGAAGAAGCCGCAGCACUAGCAGCUGCUCGGCGCGAAGAUAUCGAAGACAUGCGUGCAGAGGCUGCUGCCAAGCAGGAAAAGCUCGAACGCCGCAAGAAACUCGCAAUGUUAGCCUCCAAGAGGCACUAA